AUGAAGGACGAGCAACUCAUGCAACUACAGAAGCGCAUCUACGACAUGGAAGGGAUUGGAAAGGACAUGGAGAAGGAAAUGCAUGGUUUGCGAGACGAGCUCAAUCGCCGGUGCCUUCGUGCAGAGCUUGCCGAACAGGAAGCCGAGGACUUUCGUCGUCGCGUGCGAGAUCUUGAGCAUCAGCUGAUUGAAAAGAGCAAAAUGAUGCAGGAACUCAUGCUUGACUCGUCCGCAUCAACGUCCUCGGUCAGACAUCCUUUCACCCGCUUCAUGACACUCACAAUUCUCUUACCUACGCGCGCCGACUCCGUGACGAUGCUUCAAAACGGGAAAUCCAUCCGAGCACAUGCCACCGAGGUCAAUUCGGUGUGCUUUAGCGGCAGUGGCAAGGUGGCGGCGUUCACUGCCAGCAGUGACGGCACCCCGCUCAUUUUCGUGCGCGUCUCCGAAGACGGCGAACUUGUGCUCAGUGAGAAGAACUAG